UUUCUGACACUCGUUGACUUUUGUGAAAGAGACAUGGCAUGACCGACAGCUAUGUAACCUCAAAUAAGACAUGAGAAUAUUUAAAAAAUAAUGCAUACAUUCUCGAUAUAUAUGUUAUUAGCUUAUAUGUUAACCUCACGGGUUUUGAACCUAUUUCGUGGUUGUUCUUAAGUGCGUCUGUUGGUGUUGUGCUGUAUUGAGUUAGCCAACAAGGUACAGUAACGUUAAGCUAACAUUAACCUUACCUGCAAGAUAACUUAAAGUUCACACAGUUGAGAUAUUAAUGUCAAAACUUAGAUUUGCAUUUCUCUCUUGAGUUACGUAUAUAACUUAGCCAAUGAAGUCAAGGUAAAAGAAAAAUAUAGCUAAAGAUUAAGUUAGGAUAUAUUAAAUCCCAUUGAGAAAUCACAGUGAACAUACAGGGUAUUCUCAUAGGAAAUGUCGUUUCCUCGCGGUAAAUCCUAUAUACUGUCUAUGGGUAAAUCAGUGUGAAAACGUCUGAAAUUUGACGUAAUGAUAAGUGCUGACAGACUUUUUUUAUGGGCCGAAUGAAAAAAGUCACCGUUUUAAGUAGAUUUUGUGGUAAUUUGUACUUCUUUUUUAUGAAGCUGUUGAACUUUGUCACGAUGCGACGACUUUUAACAAGAGUCCUAAACCGAGUGUUGCUGAGUGAGCUCUUUACACCAUUGAUGGGAAUUGAAGCAGAAAUACACACUCAAGGCCGCCGAAAGCUAGUGGUGGGGCUGGGUAACCCAGGGAUGGAAGGUACCAGACACAGCGUCGGCAUGGCAGUGCUCGGCGCGCUCGCUGCCCGGCUCGGCGUUGCGGACCGUUGGCGUGGCGACAAGCAUGUGUCCGGUGAGGUCAUCGUGUCCGAGGUACAACAAACACAUGUGGUGCUGCUCCGUCCCAGGCUGCUGAUGAACGUCAACGGAGUGUCAGUGGCCAAAGCAGCUGGUAAAUACGGCAUCAGGCCUGAAGACAUCGUGCUGGUCCACGAUGAACUGGACAAACCUCUGGGGAAAAUCGUCAUCAAACACGGAGGAAGUGCCAGAGGUCAUAAUGGAGUCCGCUCCUGUGUGGACUGUCUUCAGACUGAUGUGAUGCCCAGACUUCGGGUCGGCAUCGGCCGGCCGACGGGGAAAACGCCGGUGGAGCGUCACGUUCUGGGCCGGUUCUCCUCAGAGGAGAAGAAGGUUCUGGAGUCUGUUCUGGUCCAGAGUGUGGACCUCCUCCUCUCCCAGCUCUCCCAGGAAGACUCCCAACAGGACUCCCAGCCCCCCUCCUCGCCAGCAGGGGGCAGACAAGCCGCACAGAAGAGGAAGGAGACGGAGCGCUCAUCCUCCCCAGCUGAGAUCUCUGCUGCUGCUAAAUGCUGAAGCUCAAAGUGCCUCAAAAACAUGAACAUGAACAUUUACAGAGCGAGCAUCUUUAUUUAUGUAUUUAUUCUCUGCUGUGAGUUAAAGGACACACAUAUUUCUACAGAGCAGGACCACCACUGAAAACGAUUGACUCCUUCUUCUUGGUUAUCCUACAACAGGAGUGUGACCACAAAAAUAGUCCAAAUGAUCAAAAUAAAUGGAUGCUACGAUCUCGUCUUAAAGCAGA